UUUUCCGAUAAAACCAGUAAAGAACACCAAUUAUAAUGUAAAAGUGAGCAAUUUCCUGAUUCUAUUCUCACGAGAACAUGUAGUAUUAUGAUUAGUGAGGUAUUGUCUAAACCCGACAAAUAUGAAACAUCCUAGAUGUCGAGACCCUUCUUACCCAGCGAAUAUCUUAUGGUAUUGGAAAUACCAAAAGUUAAUUCGAAACAAUCCUAUAUACUUUGCGCCAUUGCCGGAUGGGGCGCUACUCAGCCGUAUAAUCCAUAUUCUCGAAAUGGUUUAUAUUGGUGUUUCCUUGACGUCCUAUCACCUGAUGAGUGCGCAGAAUUAGGAAGAAAAUAUAGAGCAAAUGAAUUUUGCGCCAUGGAUCGUAAUGAUGGGAGCCUCCCAUUGGAGGGAGACGAGGGCAGCCCAGUGGUUUGUGAUGGUCAUCUAGUGGGCAUGUAUACGCGUCCCUUCGCUAACGAAAUCAUUGAUGUGCAGGAGUAUAUUAACCAUCCAGCUGUUUUUAUGAAGAUCAUACCCUAUGUCCCAUUCAUUAAUUCCGCAAUGAAUUUGUAAUGAGUGUGAUACCAGAAUUUAAUGGAAAAUUUGACUGGCAACUCUAAAAAUUAUAUUCCAUUAUAGUUUAAGAUUAUUUUUGGAUUAUUAUUCACCCACUUAAUCUGUCAUCUUGGAACAACCAAUAUGAUUCAAUAAACGAAAUGAAACUUACAGCA